AUGGAGAGUGGGCAAAUGUUGCCUAUCUAUCUUAUGGGCCUGUGCUGCAGCAUGUGUAUGGUUGCAGCCAUCCAGAGGGCCCAAAUGUUCCCCUAUGGUACAUUAAGUGGAGAUUCAAUUUUGGAAGAAGGAGACGAUGAAACCUCCAAAGUCGUAUCUCUGCCCAAACCCUUCUACUUCUACGACACCCCCUUCUCCAAGCUUUAUGUGGCCACCAAUGGGAUCAUUUCAGCUCAGGACUUACCCAUGGAAAAUCAGUACGUUGACGAUGGCUUCCCCACAGACUUCCCGGUGGUGGCGCCGUUUCUGGCUGAUAUGGACACGAGUGGAGGACGAGGACAGAUUUAUUACAGGCUGACUGAAUCGCCCAGCGUUCUCAACAGAGUGGCCCAGGAAGUUCACCAAGGGUUUCCGGAUGCCAAAUUCACACCUACCCACGCUGUGGUGGCAACAUGGGAGAAUGUGGCCGCACAUGAGGAGCCCACUCGAACCAGCGGGGGGGCCUCAAGCAAGGUCAACACCUUCCAGGCGGUAAUUGGUUACGAUGAAACCGACUCGUACGUUCUCUUCCUCUAUCCCGAACAUGGCCUGAACUUCUUUGGGACGAGACCCAAGGAGUCAUAUAACGUGGAGAUAGAACUUGCCGCUCGGGUGGGAUUCAGCAGAGGAGAAAUAACCUAUCUCAUUUUUUCCCGAACGGAGGGACCUUACUACAGUGUGACCGGCAACGAGCAGAGUAUCAAACAUCUCGACAAAGUUGGUAACACUGGAAAUCCAGGCGUUUGGCUAUUUCACACUGGGAACCGCUAUUCAUUUGACAACAUUGUCCCUGCAUCCAUUGGUGGUCUCCUUGCAGCAACUUCCUCAAGAGAUUACGACCAAUCUCUGGGUGCCACAACCCCCGAGUAUGACUUUGAAGAGUACUCAUACAAAGGCAACCUUGACCUUGCCCAUCAAGAACAAGAAAGUGUUUUCCCUGUGGCUGUUGAAGAUCGAGAAUUCCAGCCAGUGCUCGCUAAUGAAUCCCUACAGCCAGGAAGCUCCAAUCUUCCUAUAGCAGCAUCCCAAGUCUCUCACGAUGGUGAAGAUUUACCUUUGACCUCUGAACCAAAGCUCAGAUCAGAGGUAGUGGAGAGGCAGUAUGCACCGCCAUCUCCUCAAGAGGCCAACCCAGAUGGGGGUGCUCAGUGGUCAGGGGAGCAGCAACCACAGGUUCCUGUGGAGGUGGGAGAUUUGUAUCCCCCUCACAGAAAUGAGCCGCCACUGUCCCCUGGAGGUCAUGUGGUCAGUGUGGAGGAAGAUGUUGACUUUGACACAGGAGUGAUUCAUUACACCACUGAAAAUAAGGAAACAUGUGCAAGAUUCCAGCAGCAGUGCUCUCAGAAUGCAUUUUGCUCUGACUAUGCAACGGGUUUCUGCUGUCAUUGUCGACCCGGCUUUUAUGGGAAUGGCCACCACUGCCUGCCGGAUGCCGCCCCCCAGCGCGUCAGUGGCAAACUCAGCGGAACUGUGACCGUGGGUUUGACUCCUGUGGAGCUCAACAACAUCGAUCUGCAUGCUUACAUUGUGGUGGGAGAUGGGAGGGCUUACACAGCCGUCAGUGAGAUCCCCGAGCCGGUGGGCUGGGCCCUGAUGCCAGCUGCGCCGAUCGGAGAGCUGUUCGGGUGGCUGUUUGCGCUGGAGCUGCCUAACAGCCAAGCAGGAUUCAAAACAACAGGGGCUGAGUUCACUCGUCGUGCCGAGCUUGUUUUUUACCCGGGCAACCAGCGGCUAUCAAUCACUCAGACAGGACGAGGCCUCGACGAUCACAAUCACUUCACUGUAGACACUGUGCUCAGUGGCGGUGUACCUUUUCUACCUCCUGCUUCUGAAGUUACCAUGGAUCCCUUUAAGGAAACAUACCAUUACUACCCAUCAGUUGCCACAUCCAGCUCCGUGAGAGAGUAUACCGUGGUCUCACCGGACCAAGGAUCCGAAUCCUUCUCAUUCCAGCUAAAACAGAACAUCACCUUCCGUGACUGUCGACAUGGCAACAGGGCUCUGCCUGUGGAGACCCUGCAGAUUACCAUGGAGAGGGUGUUUGUGAUGUAUGUGAAGGAGGAGCGGAUCCUGAGAUAUGCCAUCACCAACAAGAUCAGCCCAGUAGGAGAGUCUGGGGACUCUGAGCUGGUUAACCCUUGCUAUGAUGGAACCCAUGACUGCGACACAACUGCUCAGUGCAUUCCACUGGAGGACAAAGCUUUCCAGUGCCGAUGUGGAACUGGUUACAGAGGGGAUGGACAAAACUGUUACGAUGUCGAUGAGUGUGCGGAGAGCUUGCUGACAUGUGGUGCUCAUUCGCAAUGCAUCAACUUACCUGGUAGCCAUCGCUGCCAGUGCCAGAGCGGCUAUGAAUUUGGUUUUGAUGGCCGUACCUGUGUUGACAUGGAUGAGUGCAGCUCCUCUCCAUGCCACAUCAAUGCAAGAUGCACCAACAGUUUAGGCUCAUUCCAUUGUCAGUGCCAGAAUGGCUUUGAUGGAGAUGGUUUCCUCUGCUCCCAACAAGGACAGACGGAUGGUACUAAGAGCCUGUGUGAGCAGCACAGGGACAGUCUACAGAAUGGGCCUGGCCAAGAUAGUCGACUUCCUGUUGGGUUCUUUAUCCCUCAGUGUGACUCUGAUGGACGAUACAGACCACUGCAGUGCCAUGGUUCUACUGGACAUUGUUGGUGUGUGGAUCAUCGGGGGCAAGAGAUAGAUGGAAGCAGGACUCCUCCUGGUAUGACACCAACAGACUGUGAUAGACAUGGGCAACCAGUAGAACCUAAAUCUCAAUGUGAGCACCACAGAGACAGUGUACAGACCUCCAGUCCAGAGGGUUAUCCUUUGGUUGGAGUCUUUGUACCUCAAUGUGAUACAAAUGGAAAGUAUACACCUCAACAAUGUCAUGGCUCUACUGGACAUUGUUGGUGUGUGGACAGCCAGGGACAGGAAAGACCUGGAACCAGAACUCCGCCUGGUACAACACCCAUUGACUGUGAGAGACCAGAUCAUGCAAAAACCCACUGUGAACAUCACAGAGACAGCUCACAGGCCACUAGUCCAGAGGGUUAUCCAAUAGUUGGUGCCUUUGUACCUCAGUGUGACUCAAAUGGACAUUACACACCGUUACAGUGUCAUGGCUCUACUGGACAUUGUUGGUGUGUUGACAGCCACGGACAGGAAAGACCUGGAACAAGAACUCCACCUGGUACUACACCGACUAACUGUGCCCACCAAGAGCCUGGACGCCUUAAAAGUCAUUGUGAGCAGCACAGAGACAGUGUGCAGACCACCAGUCCAGAGGGUUAUCCACUUGUGGGAGCCUUUGUACCUCAAUGUGAUGCUAACGGACAGUACACUCCUCAGCAGUGUCAUGGUUCUAGUGGACAUUGUUGGUGCGUGAACAACAAAGGGGAAGAACGAUCUGGUACUAGAACUCCUCCUGGUACAACACCCGUUGACUGUGAAAAACCAGAACGUCCUAAAAGUCACUGUGAGUUGCACAGAGAUAGUAUACAGACGACAAGUUCAGAGGGUUAUCCACUGGUAGGAGCCUUUGUACCCCAGUGUGAUGCUAAUGGAGAGUACACUCCUCAACAGUGUCACAGUUCGAGUGGGCAUUGUUGGUGUGUGGAUAACCAAGGGCAAGAGAGACCUGGUACGAGAACUCCUCCUGGUGUAGCACCCAUUGAAUGCAACAAACCAGAACGUCCCAAAAGCCACUGUGAACAGCACAAAGACAGUAUAGAGACCACCAGUCCAGAGGGUUAUCCCCUGUUGGGAGCCUUUGUACCUCAGUGUGAUGCUGAUGGGGAAUAUUCACCUCAACAGUGCCACGGAUCUACUGGACAGUGCUGGUGUGUGGACAGCCAAGGACAGGAAAGACCUGGAACCAGAACACCUCCUGGUACAACACCCAUUGACUGUGAGAGAAAAGAUGAACGUCCGAAAACCCAUUGUGAACACCACAGAGACCGUGUACAGACAACCAGUCCUGAAGGAUAUCCAUUAGUCGGAUCCUUUGUACCUCAGUGUGAUACUAAUGGACAGUACACACCUCAACAAUGUCAUGGCUCUACUGGACAUUGUUGGUGUGUUGACAGUCAAGGACAUGAAAGACCCGGAACCAGAACUCCACCUGGUGAAACACCCACUGACUGUGAGCAACCAGGUGAACAUCCCAAAACCCAUUGUGAGCACCACAGAGACCGUGCGCAGACCACCAGUCCCGAAGGAUAUGCUUUAAUUGGAGCCUUCAUACCUCAAUGCGAUAAUAAUGGACAGUACACACCUCAGCAAUGUCACGGCUCUACUGGACAUUGUUGGUGUGUGGACAGCCAAGGACAGGAGAGACCUGGAACCAGAACUUCCCCUGGCACAACACCCAUUGACUGUCAGAGACAUGAUGAACGUCCUAAAACCCACUGUGAACACCACAGGGAUCGUGUAGAGACUACCAGUCCUGAAGGAUAUCCAUUAGUCGGAGCCUUUGUACCUCAGUGUGAUACUAAUGGACAAUAUACACCCCAACAGUGUCACGGUUCUUCUGGACAUUGUUGGUGUGUGGACAGUCAAGGCCAGGAAAGACCUGGAACCAGAACUCCCCCGGGCACAACACCCAUUGACUGUGAGAAACCGGACGAACGUCCUAAAACCCACUGUGAACACCACAGAGACCGUGCACAGACGACCAGUUCAGAAGGUUAUUCACUAGUAGGUGUCUUUGUACCUCAGUGUGAUGCGAAUGGACAGUACAUUCCUCAACAGUGCCACAGCUCCAUUGGACAGUGUUGGUGUGUGGACCGCAAUGGCCAAGAGAGAGCAGGAACAAGAUCUCAAGAUGCAUUUUCACCUAUAGACUGUGACAAGCCAGUCUACGUGGCUCCAACCGAACGUCCCGAGAGUGUGUGUGAGCGCUGGAGGAGCAGUUUAAUGGAGCACUAUGGUGGGAAGCCAGAACCACAACAGUACCUGCCUCAGUGUGAGCCAGAUGGGCAGUUCAGUCCAGUUCAGUGCUAUGGGGAGACCACCUAUUGUUGGUGUGUGGACCAGGAUGGGCGAGAGGUUCCUGGUACCAGGUCAAAUGAUGUCGUCAAGCCUGCAUGCCUUCCAUCAGUGGCUCCACCAAUCACUCUCCCAUUACCCCGUCCAGAUGUGACUCCUCCCCCUAAUGCUGAUGUCACAUUGCUCUAUGCUCAGGGACAGAAGAUAGGAGCACUUCCUCUCAACGGGAGCAGACUAGAUACAAGCCGGUCCAGAACGUUACUGACUCUACAUGGCUCCAUAGUUGUUGGUCUGUCCUAUGACUGCAAACAGAACCAAGUAUAUUGGACAGAUUUGUCUGCGCGGACCAUUAAUAGAGCAUUACUGGUGCCAGGAGCUGAGCCAGAGAUACUCAUAAACUCAAAUCUGGUCAGUCCAGAGGGGUUGGCUGUGGAUGUUAAUCGAAGAUUGAUGUUCUGGGUGGAUUCCAACCCUGACCUAAUCGAAAGGUCCAACUUGGAUGGCAGUGAUAGAAAGACACUUUUCGACUCAGACUUGGUCAACCCACGGGCCAUAAUUGUGGUCUCUUCAACCGGUUCUCUGUACUGGACCGACUGGAAUCGAGAGGCUCCCAAAAUUGAGACCGCGUCAGUGGAUGGACGGAACCGCCGGGUGGUGGUUUCUGAUGGAAUUGGUUUACCUAAUGCGCUGACGUUUGACUAUUCUUCUGGGCAAAUCUGCUGGGCCGAUGCAGGUACUAAGCGGUUAGAAUGUAUAUUGCCAGACGGCUCAGGGCGAAGAGUAAUCAACCCCGGACUGAACUAUCCCUUUAGCAUGGUUUACCACAGAAACCACUUCUAUUACACUGACUGGAGGAGGGACGGUGUGAUCACAGUCAAUAAACACAGUGGAAAGCUCACUGAUGAAUAUUUGCCAGAGCAGAGGUCUCACCUGUAUGGAAUCGCCAUAGCAACAUCCCACUGCCUAUCAGGGAACCAUUAA